GUGGCGCUAGCUGAAGGCGGCAGAACGACGACUCGUCCCUAAAACUUACUGAAGUCUUUUCCAAACUGAGGAUAUUUCAUACCUUCUUGUUUUAACAAAACCGCGACAAAACCUUUCGGAUUAACACUUUUUUAAAAACAGGACUAAUUUGUUUUCUCGUCAAAAGUGUCUGACUCCAGCUCACGUCCACAUGCUCUGCCUUGUGAGUGCUGCUUGGCCUGCUGAGCCUGAAGGUGCUGGUGUGUCUGCACUGGGCUGUAGCUGAAGCACACAUACAGUGACCGCUGGUCCUGGUGGUGGUUGUGGUGCCUGCGGUGGAAGCAGGAGGAGGGGCCUGUUCUGUCUGAGCCACACGAAGAUGAACAAACUGAGCUUCCACAACAACAAAGCCAUGCAGGACCGCCGCUGUGUCUGUGUUUUUUUGCCCAAUGAUGACACGCUCAACGUCAUUGUCAAUGUGAAGACUUUGUGCCAGGAACUGUUGGUGCAGGUGUGCGACCUCUUAAGGCUGAAGGACUGCCAUCUGUUUGGACUCAGUGUUAUUCAGAAUAAUGAACACAUCUAUAUGGAACUGGAUCAAAAGCUAUCCAAAUAUUGCCCUAAAGAAUGGAAAAGAGAAGCCAGCAAGGGCAUCGACCAGUUCGGUCCUCCAAUGAUCAUUCACUUCAGAGCUCAGUAUUACGUAGAGAACGGGAGACUGAUCAGUGACCGGGCAGCCAGGUACUAUUACUACUGGCACCUGAGGAAACAGGUGCUGCUCUCUCAGUGCAUCCAAAGAGAGGAGGCCUACUUCCUCCUGGCAGCCUUCGCCCUGCAGGCUGACCUGGGAAACUUCAAACGCAACAAGCACUUUGGGAAGUACUUUGAACCUGAAGCCUACUUCCCCCCAUGGGUGAUAACAAAGCGCGGUCGUGAGUACAUCCUGAGGCAUAUCCCCAACAUGCACAAAGACCAGUUCGCUCUCACAGCUUCGGAGGCUCACCUCAAAUACAUCAAGGAGUGUGCCCAGCUCGAUGACGUCACUGUCCACUACUACAGACUCUACAAGGACAAGAAGGAAGUGGAGGCAUCUCUAACAUUAGGACUGACUUUACGAGGAAUCCAAAUAUUUCAGAAUGUGGGCACUGUAAGGCAACUGUUGUACGACUUCCCCUGGACCAACGUGGGAAAACUCGUAUUUGUGGGGAAGAAGUUUGAAAUCCUCCCCGAUGGUCUUCCCUCAGCCCGUAAACUCAUCUACUACACAGGUUGUCCUGUGCGCUCUCGCCACCUCCUGCAGCUGCUCAGCAACAGCCACCGGCUUUACAUGAACCUGCAGCCUGUUCUCAAACAAGUCCGACGACUUGAGGAAAAUGAAGAGAAGAAGCAGUACAGGGAGUCGUACAUCAGUGACGCUCUCGAGCUGGACAUGGACCAUCUGGACAAACGUUCCCGGGCCAGCGGCAGCAGUGCGGGGAGCGUCUCUCAUCACAAACGCCUGUCCCGCCACUCCACCACCAGCCAUGGUAGCUCACACACCUCGGGCAUCGAGACGGACAGCUUCAGGGCCCCGGGUCAGGCACCCCACAGGCCCCUAAGAACCUGCAGCUCGUCCACAACCAGCCACGGGAGCUCACACACCUCCGGCAUCGAGAGCAGCGGCAAGGAGCGCAUACUGGAUGAUGAUGAAAUAGAGAUGCUGGUUGACGACCCCAAAGACUACGAGGAGCUUCAUGAGAUGGCUUUGGACCAGGAGCUGUGUAUCCACAUCACAGAGGACAUGUUGACCAUGUCACCUGAUCAGAGCAACGGAUACUCAGGACUGAUAGUGAAAGACGUCAGCUCCUCCACAUCCAGCUCCUCUGAGACCGUUGUCAAGAUGAGAGGACAGAGCAUCGAGUCUCUGCCGCAGACAUCAGCUUGCAGGAAGCCUCAGUCCUCCACAGAUCGUCACAGCCAGUCUCUCGACGACAUCCGGCUCUACCAGAAGGACUGCCUGCAGUGGGCGGAGCUCUGCCAGGACACUGCCCACAGCUACACAUUCGGCUGCGCUCAGGAGUUGAGCGACGGCGGCGGGGGCUAUCAGGGCCUGGCCGAGCAGCGUGCCGGCAUGCUCAGUGAGCAGCACCCGUUUCCUAUUAAGAGAACCAACAAGUACUUCUCCCUGGACCUGACCAGCGACGAGGUCCCCGAGUUCGUGGUGUGACAGAAACAGAAAAGAGGCGACCUCAGGGUGACCUUUUCUGACUCGUGUCAGAUGUGGAAAUGUUUCAGCCCUCAGGGAACGAGACGAGAGAGUAGCGUUGGAGAGGUGGUUUCUAUUCUUGGCAGCAGUUAUUAGUAAACUGGCAAGAAGUCUGCUGCUGCUCAGACGAAUAACACAUGAACAAACAUGGAGGCUCCUGGCUGAAAUGGGAACUUAAAGAACAAAAAAAGAGAAAAUGCGUCUUAAAAAACGUAACCUGAGCUGCUCCCCUGUGUGAAAGGAAACAAAAAGGGAUCGUGUCAUCAUCUUUUAAAUAACAUUUUUAUUCAAAUGUGUCUCCUACAGACUGUUUUUAAGAACCACAUGUUGUGUUUUCCUCCUUACUAAAAACAAAAGAAGUGUGUGAAUGCACGAGGUGUUACAGCUGACAGAGACUCAUGCACAGACAUGAAGAGCAUAUCAAAGUUCUCUGGAGGACACAAAGGACAAAGUCACUCUGAGCUACAAACCAAAGACAAAAAGAAAGAAAGAAAAAACUGCCCUCACACACAUUUCAAAGUCAUGGAGGGUAGGAGGGGAGAUGAACCUUCCCUCGGUUCGACACCACUUCAUUUUACCUCAACAGGAAGUGCAGUGUGCCAACUCCCGCCUCUCAGACUGAACUCUUAAUCAUGAACACACACACCGAUGUGCCUUCAUCCCUCUAUGCAGGUGUCAAACCGUCGCCUUGACAAUCACACACCCUCACCUUUUAAGAUCCAAGCCAUCAGAACACAAAGCACGACAUUAUUUUUAAACACACCCACACACACACUCCUUUAUUAGAUCAAGCCCGUUUUUUAGCAUUUUAAAACAUGUCAGAAUGAUUUCAAAAUGUUUCCUUGUCCUGUGAAAUCAGACUGAGCUUUCUUGCAGGAAUGAAGUUGAGUUACUUCCUGCGUGUCCUGACUUGAGUCUAGUGUGCGGCCACGAAAGCUUCCCUGUAAUCUAGACUCAAAAUGGAGGCCGCUUCGCUGUGGGCCAAAGCAAACCUUACAUGUUAAUGCAAACAUGCAAGUCUUCCUUCCUGCUCGGCUUGAUUUCACCUUUGUCUUCCUGUUUGUGUCACUCUGAUCAUUAACUGGAAUUGGUUUCAUCUUUUUUUAUUUUGCAUCCUUUUUGUUUUACCUGAAAGCUUUUUACAUGUGUUUUUUUUUGUAUACGCUGUCCAGACUUGUUUAUGUUUAACAGUUAUUGUGUGUGUGCUUGAUUUCCUUCAGUAUUACAAACAAUAUGUAUGUGACAGUAUUAAGGACGUGUGAUGUUUGUGGCUCUGAACAAGAUGGACAGGCUUUCAUCUUUUUAAACUGACAAGCUAAAGAGGACUGUGGUCUCUGACAGGAUGCUACGAGCUCUAACUUCUCAUAAAUCUUUGACGGUUUCAAAAGAACCUAUUAAUGCGCCGUACAUGCAAUUAAAAAAUAAGAAACAGUUUUAUAUGCUUAAAGGUCCCAUAUUAUGCUUUUUCUGGUUUUAUAUGCUCUUUAGUGUGUUUUCCAAGUGUCCUGUGCAUGUUUAGGCACAUCUAUGUGCAAAAAUUCAAAGUCCGCGGAAACACAGCUUCUCCUACGUCCUCCUGUUAGCUGUAGCAUUAGCCGCAUGUAACGCUCGGUUCUAGCCCCCCUCGAUAAAAAUGUGUCAGUCCGACGUCAUUGUCAGUGUGAGAUCACUGAUCUAAGCCCAUUGGCUCGUUGUGGCAAGCCCAGCAGCUCAUGUUGAAAUUUCCGAGAAGCGUGCUGAGCAACUGACCAAUAACGACAGAGAGGAUCGGCAGACCAAUCAGAGCACACUUGGCCCACGUGGGGUCUAACAGUGUGGGCUCAACAGAGUGCAGCUGACGGACUCAGAGCGUAGAGGGAGCAAGGAGGAGCAGUACAUGAAAACAGACACUUUUUUCAAACUUUAGCUAUUGUGAACGUACAAAAGUAGGAACAUAGAUUAAAUAUACGAACCCCAAAAAGGGCAUAAUAUGGGCUCUUUAAAUCAACUUUGUCAUACUUUUUAAAAAUCCAAUCAAGUUUUCAGCUUCUCUUUAAUAAGAGCCUGACUCGUGUUCAUACAUGUUGGGAAACACUGCACUGUGAAAUGAACGAGACCCCAGAAUAACUUUUUUUAUUUGAAAUGAAAUCGUAUCAAGUUUGAAGAUCCUGAAGAUAUAAAAUAAAAAAAACAGAUCCUGCUGGGCUGUGAUAUUAAAAGAAUAUUUCAUCGUUUAGGUGAAGGGCUUUUAUUACUCCUUCAUGCAGAGAGUUCAAUGAGAAUCUUGUAAAACAAUCUCAUAUCCCUACAUUUAAUAUUCAGUCGCAGAGAAAAGACAGUUUGCCAAACCUCGCAUUGAUAGCCUCACUAACAAUACCCCACCAUCCACAACUAUAUGACACUUAUUACCAGCUUAUUUCUUUUUACUUUAAAAAGCAACACUUGAAAAGUAACAAUUCUCUAUAUCACAGCAGGGUUACAGAAUUUGCAGAACAAUUUCUUGAUAAAGUGAGAAAUCCCUGCUGCCUGCCAUAACAUACUCAAACACACACAUGCAGCUCAUUUUCAAGUUUGUGUGAUUUUUCUUUUGUACAAUUCAAACAUAAAAUUAUGUGUUCAAAGACAAACUGGUGUAUUUUUAACCAUUGAAGAGCCAUGCCCCCCCUCACACUUUAAUUAUUUACAUUUAGCUAAGCUAACCUUUGUCAUGUGUCAGCUUCCUCCACAUCUUACAAAAUGAUGAGUGAUAUCAAUCUUUUUUUUAUUUUACUCCCGGCAGGAAAAGUGAUUAUAGUUCUUACUAAAUAUUCAUACUUUUCCAUGAAUUCUGUGGAUUUCACUGUAACAGUUCAUCUGCAGAUGAGGUGUUUCUUUUUUUGAAAUGAAGCUUUUAGAGUUUAUAUACAACAUGUCUGUCAAACAACAAACGGCCUAAGUUUUCAUUCAAACUUCAGCUUGUUUUAUUUACUCGCUGUUCCUUUAGGUCGGCACGACGUGUCAUUUUGUAAGACAAACACUGUCAGUGUUUUCAAACUCAUACAAGAUGUGAAAUCAUUCUAGAUCACUGGUGUUUUUGUUUAUUUUUGUCCUGGUCAGCUAUCAGAUACACCAUGCCAUUUUUAAAAUACUCUGCUUUUUACAUGCAGGUAAUGCAGCAACGAAACAAGUAAAAAAAACAUUUGUGUAACACAUAAAUGAGAUACUGCUCUAUAAUAACUUUUAUAUUUCUUACAUGUUUUCCUCUUACUGUUUUGAAGCUGUUUCUUCUCAUUAAUGAAAACAUGUCAUAGUUUGAUGGACAAAGUUUCUUAUAUUCAAACAGUGUUGAGGUACAUAGCCAUAGUCAUAACCCACGUCCUUAAAGUCUGCAUAAUUUGUUUUUACUACAUUUUCUGACUUCCAUAUAUGGUCAAACUUACAAUAUGUAAGAGACUGUAAGUCUGUAUGUUCGUGCCCAUAAUCCUUUCUGUGAAAGGAUCCCCCUUCAGGAUAUGUUUUUGUCACCCUGUAGUUAAAAACAAAAGAAAUGUUACUAUGAAGUUUGGUCUGUGCCUUCUUGGUACUAAUGCCCUCAAUAUCUAAUAAAAAGGUACAAUUAUUUGCCAA